GUCGGUGACACACCUGAUAGUAAACAUAUAUUUAGCUUUAUAUUGCAGGAGUAUAUAAAUUGAACCUUCUCUAUAUCAGAAUUUAACUAAUGCGUCUUUUGUGCCUUCCGUUUAUCUGUCCUCUUAAUUAUCGAUUAUCGAUUGCCAUGCUUUUCGCUUGUUUUAACGCUAGGAAACAGGAGUCAGUGCACUCUUCCGUUAUAUGAAUAUUAUGCAGUAUUAUUUAAAAACAAGUUGCUAUUUCCUAAAAUGUAUACAAUUACAUAUAUGUGAUUUCAUGCUGAAACAUACAGAAAAUAAAAAUAAGCAUUUCUUCCAAACUUAUUAUUUACUACCCAGAAUCCUCUUUUUCUUUUCCUGCCUUUGCAGCCGCCAUGAAGGUCGAACUCUGCAGUUUCAGUGGGUAUAAAAUCUAUCCUGGCCACGGCCGACGUUAUGCAAGGAUAGAUGGAAAGGUCUUCCAGUUCCUUAACGCUAAGUGUGAGUCAGCUUUCCUGGCCAAGAGAAACCCCAGGCAGAUCAACUGGACUGUGCUUUACAGGCGCAAGCACAAGAAGGGCCAAUCUGAAGAUGUGACAAAGAAGCGUACCCGCCGUGCUGUGAAAUGUCAGAGGGCCAUCACCGGUGCCUCCCUGGCUGAAAUCUUGGCCAAGCGCAACCAGAAGCCUGAGGUGCGCAAGGCCUUGCGGGAGCAGGCCAUUAGGGCUGCAAAGGAAGCCAAGAAGGCCAAGCAGGCAAACAAGAAUCAAACAGCAAUAGCUGCAAAGGCUCCUACCAAGGCUGCUCUCAAGCAGAAAAUCGCCAAGCCCAUGAAAGCCAGUGCCCCUCGUGUUGGAGGAAAGCGGUAAUUUUGGUGCUGGAGAUCGGCAGUCAAUAAACUCAAUAAUACUGUUCCCCUU